AUGGACAAGCAGUGGUUUCCUGCAGCUGGAAUUCUCUUGGCUGCUUUCCUAGAAGUCUCAGCUUCUACCUUGACCCUUCUCUCUACUAUUGAAGACCCUAAGCAGUUUCCCCCAGUGCCUGGUACAUCAGCUCAGCAAAGUAACAGCAUUCUACUGGGCAUCCUGACAGACAUCACUGGUGAAAUCAACUCAGUUGAGAGGGAAUCGGAGGACCUGGGGAGGAGGGCAGGAGACUCUUCUACAGAAGGGGGGGGGGGUGGUCAGGAGUCUCCCCCAAUGCCUGACCCCUCAGGUAGGGUCAUACCUGAACCAAUUCCCUCAACCCUGACCACAUCUGCAUCCUACAUGGCUGUUGACUCUCAGCCAGUGUCCUCUGAGGUUGAUCCUGUAGAGAAAAUCUUGGCCCUUGGAACUCUAGAAACAAUUACUAUGUCACCACCACUGCCUUCUCCCGUACAUGGAUCUAAGCCGAAGUUCAACAAGGCCUUCAGGUUGUGUGGGACAGUUCCUGCCUCUGCAACACUGGAGAAAAGUGUUGCAUCUAAACCAACAGGGCAUUUAAGUAAAGCUUCCCCUUCCCCUAUAGUCUCUAGACCUCCAUGCCUGCUAUGGCAUAUCCCCAAUCCCACUGUCCAGAUACCAGUGCCCGCAUGGAGGAGGGAUGGCCACUCCAGGCCACAGGCAUCCUCAUCUGUAGUACUGGCUCCAAGUACCUCCUUAAGACUGCCUAUCUUUCCCUGGAUGUCUAACAUACUGAAAGCUACAGAGCCCCCAUUGUCUUCAUCUCCUGGAAGAUCAGGGACCUCAAUCCUGGUCCAGGUUUCCUCUGUCACCACAGGAGCCAGUGACUCUUCUAAACCUCCUGCAUCUGUGAUUGUACCCUCAACUACAGACUCUUCCAUUAAAACUUCAAACCUCGCACCCCAGCUGGCUCUACAACCCAGCCACCCUGAGCCAUGGCUUCCUACCAGCCCAAUCCAAAUCCCCAUGCUCUCCCUCCAAUAUUUCUCCAGCCCUCCCUCUACUGCACAUAGCUCUGGCUUCACAGAGUCAUCUGUGGAUGCGGGUCCUACCUUGGCCUCUACCCUCCCUUACCCUGGCCAGGAUAUGUCUUUGCAGGACUUGAGUUUCUCCACUCCAGGACCUUGUCAUACGACUCACUCUGUGACCUUUAGGAUCGGCCACAACCGCUUCACAAAAGCUGCCUGGAACCUGGUACCCUUGGAGCGACGGCUUAUCUGCUACCAGCUCCAGCUCAUCUAUCACGAGGCCUUCUCCAACUUCAAGAAUGUCAGUGCCCUGCUGUUUCGGCCUGGCUCUACAGAGGUGAAAGCCUCCCUCGUUUUUGGUCCUCCGGAUCCCUCAGCCCUAGAAAUCCUCUGGACUUUGUAUUGCAAAGUGAAGUCCUCCAGAUGGUCGCUUGGGUACCUGUCCCUGGCUGACCAUGGCCUUUCCUCUGAUGGUGAGUCUAGAGAAACACCUGUCCCUUGCCUUCUCACCUGCCCACGGAGGAUGGUACAACAUGAAUGACCUUAGCUGCUUCUGCCUAGUUCUCAGCCUUUUAUCCUGCUGGAAAAGCAGAUCCUCCGGCUGGUCACCCAUGAAGUUUCAAGAUUCUACAAGGCUGUCCAGGACCAGCCCCUGCUUCUAUUCAGCAACGUGAAGGAGUGGGUGAGAGUUUACUCGGAAUACAAGUUCAAGAGCCCCGUCCCCAUCCAUCUCCAAGGUCUGGCCAGUCACCUGGCCCAUCAUCUAACAGACCCCACCCUCCAGAAAUCCAGCAUACUGGCCAAUGGGGAGAAAGCAGAUCUGGUGUUUUAUGACGUGUGGCUGUUGAUCCUGGAUCACCCCUUCACCAAGGCCUUGGAGAACAAGACUAGUUCUGAGUCCUAGGAGCUUCACAGACUGGCUAUUACACUCCUUGUCUCCCGACCCCAGCUAACUCCAGUCCUCCAGCCUCUGCAGAACUUUGGUCAAGUGGUGGUGGAGGAAUUCGACCAGGAACCACUGACUGCCAGAGUGCAAAGUGCCUUCUUUGGGGUUGCACCAGCCCAGGCCAUCAUUCAGGACUCCAUGCUCCAAGCCCUGGGCUCCCUACAGGAAACUGAGGGUCUACAGACGGAGAUGUUCCUCCCAGUCCUUGGCGCCCCCAGCUCCAGAGCCUCGAGAGGCCCCAGGGGUGGGGCCAUGCUGAAGCUCCAGCUCAUCACAUCUCUCUUCAUCCUGGUAGCCUUUUGUGCUGCUCCUCCCUUCACCAAGAAGCAAACCCCAUACCUCUCCUAG